AUGAAAGUGUAUCACGCAGGCUCGGUUUUAUUCUUUAUCUGUUUGAUUCAAGGAAUCAUUGGAAAAGAAUGUUUAUCUGGCCAAUAUCCACCAACGCCUGAUCGAAUUUUACCAACCUACGUUAUCAACUUAGAUGCACCACCAAUCGAACGUUGGAAAGAUGUUGCAGCUAGAUAUAAAACUGAACUCACUGAUUUACUUGCAUAUUUGAAAACGUUUCUUAUGGAAAUUUCACCAGAACUUCAAUAUUUGAUUACUCUUAUUGAUACUAAACUACCAGAAAUGGCUGAUACGUUACCAGCACCCUAUGGCGACGAAAUGAAAGGAAUUAGUCAAGCAUCUGGAUUGCCAUUAGGUGAAGUCGUUCUGUACAAUAUUUUUUAUGAAGUCUCGUCUUUAUGUACAUCUGUUGUUGGACAAGAUGAAAAUGGCAAUAUCUUUCAUGGACGAAAUCUUGACUUCGGAGGACCCUUCGGUUGGGAUAAGAUAAAUCAUACUUGGGGAUUAACAGAAAAACUGCGUCCACUCAUGGUUCAAAUUAAUUAUACACAAAAUGGCCAAGUUCUUUUCAAAACCACGACUUUUCUCGGUUUUAUUGGAUCAUUGACCGGUAUUAAACCAGGUGUAUUUAGUGUUUCAAUCAACGAACGUAAUGUUGUUAAAGGUGGUUAUAUCGGUUUAAUUGAAUGGAUCUAUAAUAUUAAUCGUAAUCAAUCAUUUAUUACAUUUGCUAUUCGUGAUAUGCUCACAAAAUCUGAAAGUUAUGAUCAAACACUGAAAUACUUAGCUGAAGAACCACUGUUAGCUCCAUGUUUUUACAUUGUUGCUGGAACAAAAGCUGGGGAAGGUGCCAUUAUAACUCGAUCACGAAUUGGAUCCGAUGAUAUUAAAGUAUUGGGCAAAGAUAAUUUAUGGUUUAUAGCACAAACUAACUAUGAUAAUUGGAAAAAACAACCGAUUUUUGAUGAUCGUUUAACACCAUGUAUUGAAUGCAUGAAAACAAAAGGCAAAAAUCAAGUUGCAUUUGACUCUUUAUUUGAUGUACUUUCUUCACGGCCGAUGCUUAAUAAAGAAACUGUUUACACAUCAUUGAUGCAGCCCGCAACAGGUCGAUUUGAAGGAUACUGGCAAUAUUGUCGCGAUGAGGAUGCGUCAUGUCGACCUUGGUAA